UCAUUCCUGAAACAAAUAUGUCCUAUAUCCAAGUCUCCGAAGACGAGGGAGAGGAGCCCAUAGAGCUACCCACCGAAGACGACGGUACUUUGCUAUUGACGACUCUGUCUGCCCAAUUCCCGGGUACUUGUGGUCUCAAAUAUCGCAAUCCCGAGUCCCGGGCGAUGCGAGGCGUUCGCCUCGUCGAUGGCAGGCUACAUCCGCCCGAGAACGGCUGGGGCAAAGCGAUCUAUUUCUGCGUCUUCCCAAAAGAAAAUAAACGUAAAUCAGAUGACAACUUGGAAAAUUCAACUGCAAAAACAAAACGUAUGGAAACAAAACUUCGCUGCACUGACUUGAUAGUUCUUGGUCUACCAUGGAAAACAACUGAACAAAACUUAAGAGAAUAUUUUGAAACUUUUGGCGAAGUUUUGAUGGCACAGGUAAAGAAAGAUGCAAAAUCUGGACAGAGUAAAGGUUUUGGCUUUAUCAGAUUUGGAAGCUAUGAAUCCCAGUUGAGAUGCCUUGCUCAGCGUCAUAUGAUUGAUGGCAGAUGGUGUGAUGUUAAAGUUCCAAAUAGCAAGGAGGGCAUGAUCCAGCAAGUGCCGUGCAAGGUGUUCGUGGGUCGGUGCACGGAGGACCUGACGUCGGAGGAUCUGCGCGACUACUUCAGCAAGUUCGGCGAGGUGACGGACGUGUUCAUCCCGAAGCCGUUCCGCGCCUUCUCGUUCGUCACGUUCCUUGACCCCGAGGUCGCGCAGUCGCUGUGCGGCGAGGAUCACAUCAUCAAGGGCGUGUCGGUGCACGUGUCCAACGCCGCGCCCAAAUCGGAGGGCAACAACCGGGCGAACUUUAACAAUCAGAUAAACUCGAACAUGCGCGGCGGUCGCGGCAUGUCGGGUGGGCCGAUCGACAAUAACAUGCAGGGCAACUACCAAGGUAACAGAUACAUGGGCCACUCGGGCAACAACAUGGGCCCGAACGGCUGGAACAAUCCGGGCAACCGCGGUAACCUCGACAUGCCCAAUCUCCAGGCGCUGGGCAUCACGGGCCAGAACAACGGUGGUGGCCAGCAAGGCGCUAUGUCUAAUCCGCUGGCAAUGGGCGGCCUGAAUCUCUCGGCCCUGCCCAUGAACCCGGCCCUCGUCGCCGCGGCCAUCAAUCAGGCCAGCUGGGGCCUCAUCGGCAAUCUGCAGAACCAGGGAAACGACCAGGGCUACGGCAACCAGCCCGGCCCGCCGGGCCAGCCGCCCGGCUCGGCCAACAACAGCAUCGGCAAUAGCGGCAACAGCGGCUUCCUCAGCUGGAUGAAUCAGACGGGCGCGGGCGGCGCCGGCGGCGGCGCCGACGGCAACGCCGGCAAUCCCCAGUCCCAGGGGCCCCAGGGCCCCAACAACCCCAACGCCUCUCAGGCCGCCUGGCAGAACCACCCCCAGCAACGGGAGCCCAAGUCCAACACCUUUCUCAAAUACGAGUAAACCGGCGCCGGCCCUGCAAGCUCUAGCCAAGCUCUCCUUCUGACGCCUUCUGCCCCCCGUUACCCCCUGCCGACCCGCUCGUUUCGCACGCACGCCGAACGGUUGGGCUAGAGCUGCGCGCGCACGCGCCCGCAUCACACACACACACACACACGCGCGCGCGCGCGCGUCUACACACACGAUUACACGGACCCACACGCGCGCGAGCGCGCACGCACACACUCUCUCUCUUCGAUCGUGUAUUGUCUAUCGUUCGACGCAGCACUGUUUUCCUAGGGCCGUCUGCCGUUCUACUUGAUCCACCGAUAACGAUGCUCGCGAGUAAGCGCGAGCUAAUCUUUUACGCGCGCCAAUGUUAAGAGUAUUUGGGUUUACUCAUUGUCAAAUCAAUCCGCCGAGCUACGUCGAGCGACGAUGUAAUUUUCUGAACAAAUUGUGAAAUAAACCUAAUGCCUGGAAGUAAUAGUAAUAAUUAAACGAUAUCGAUAAUAUGAGAAGACAAAAAUAUUGUAAACGGUUAAAAUGACAAUUUUAUGAGUGUGCGGAGAGUUGAGCGGCGACUGCGCACGCAGACUAUAAAGCGAUUAUGUAUACAUAUAUAUACUUCUAAAUAUUGUUGUGCGGCAACAAAAAAGCAUGGAUAUGAUGAUAAAGCAAAAAUAGGGAAAAAGAAAACAAUCGCAGCGUGUAUACACUUCAUUUUAUUGAAAGUUUAUUGCAGUGUGUUUGAUAUAUUUAAUACUUCAGCAACGUAUUUGACGAUAGUUAUUUAUUACAUGAAUAAAAGAUAUUGAAAUGAAUAUAAGGACGACUAUAUUAAUGAAUGAAUUGUCAAAGCAAAUAGUUUAUUAUUAAAAGUAAUUACCGAGAAAGUUAGCGAAACAGAAAGAGAGAGAAAAUUGAGUUUUGAAAGCGUGCGAACGUUGCUAAAGAGGCAAAGUUGAAGAGAAAACGAGAGUGAACGUGACGACUACUCGACUAGAAAAAAUGAUGAGAGGAGAGAGAGAGAGAGAGAGAGAGAGAGAGAGAGAGAGAGAGAGAGAGAGAGAGAGAGAGAGAGAGAGAGAGAGAGAGAGAGUGAGAGUGAGAGAGAGAAAGAGAGAGAAAGAGAGAAAGAAAGAGAGAGAGCGAGAGAGAGAGAGAUUUCAGCGGCAAAGUAUGAAAGGGCGACAGAAAGAGAGAGAGAGAGAAAGAAAGAAAAUGAGAGUCGGACAAGAUGUAUUGUUGUUUGAAGCAUGUGGCCGAGAGAGAAAGAGCAAAAGCAGCAAGAGUGUGUAACCUUUUAGAUGUCUAAAUAUAAUUAAACGUAGAUUCUUCAUCGUUAGUUGGUAUAACACGAGUUUCAUUUAUAUUUAUUCAUAUUAAGCGAAUGAGAUACGAGCAGCGAGAAAAGAAGCAUAAAAAAAUCAUGACAAAGCUUGUAAUUAAAUACAUUAAGAUCUUUGUGGUGGGACUUUUUACGCGGACGAUCAGGAAGCCAUUCUUUGAUUAACUCUUUGCACUCGUGGAUCGUGCCGAUCCGUCAACCAAUCAGUAACAACUAUUUGAAAUAAAAGUAAAUGAAACUUGAGCAUUUUCUUAGUUUAUCCUCUAUACGAAAACAGUACGGUGUACCCUCUCGAGUCUUUAAUAUCAAGGCAACGUACGGACAGCAGCGUCGGACGCGAAUGUAACGUCUUUCUGUAUUAUCCUUCGCGCGCAGCUUUCCGUCGAGAUUCCAUCCACCAGUCGCAAUAAUAACGCAGUGCUUGACAACGCUCGGGCUCGCCGUGAGUCCGGGGGUAAAAAAUUGUUCGAUCGCUAUAGGCAAUUCGUGAGUGUCGAUGAUGAUGAUGAUGAUGAUGAUGAUGAUGCGUGUCUGUAGGUGUGAGAGGAGCCACGGGAACGUUUUUCUUUUUCGCACGAGGUGUCGGUUUUACUCGCUACUUACCGUUUUACGAGACAAAACUUUGCUACAAAAACUAUCGAUAAUAUUAGUCAAUAAAAUAAAAUAGAGUUUUGAGACGAGACGAAGGUGAGGGCCGCUCGAGAGACGCGUCGAGUACCUGGACUCUUUUUCGGCGGCCGUCCGUGCAAGCGCCGAGUUCGCGUCUCUCGCCUCGGGGAAUGACGCGCACGCCGGGACGCUGGUACGACGUUGCUGACGAUCGAGGCGUUCGCGUGGCCCGGAGAUCGCGUGCGCGCGCGCACCACCGCCGCCCAUCGCCGACGAAUCGCAAGAUCAGAGGUGUGCCGAGAGAAAGAAAAAUAGUGAAAUUAAAUUAAUCGUUUAUUCGCUUGGACCGUUCAAUGACUGUGUAAUCAAUGAUGUACGUAGCGCAUCGCUUAGGAAUGUAUUUAUUGUGUAACUGUUGUGUGACUAUUCUUUGAUUAUAUGAAUUUCGAUGUGUUCGAUGUGUUGAAAAAAUGAAGUUGUCAAAUGGAGAAGAGGCAAGGGACAAAUCGACGGCCAACUUGGUCGUUCGCGUCCGCGUUCGUUUUUCUUUCUCUCGACACCAGUUCCGACUCGUUUGGGAAUCCUAGAAAAAUAAAUCGGCGUACAAGGGAAAGUCGGCGAUCGGACGGUUCUUUUAAUACCAGAGACUGAAUCGAAACUUAUAUGUAUAUUGAUAUCAUUGCUCGUGCUUGUGUGUGGAUGUGUUCGCGUGACAAGGGAAAAGUAACGAAAGCGAGAGCUGGCUCGUAUGUUAAUUGACAGGCGCGCGCUACGCGAAAGAUCGGGCCGCGAGCGUAUUUAAACAGAUAGGAUGCAGAUAAAAUGAAACUAAAAUAGAGAAAAGACAAAAAAGUAUAAUACCUAUAUGAAGAAAAUAAAGUAUAAUAAAACUAAAAGCGUAGUUGUAUUUGAUCUUAUUGAUGCUCUAUCGUAUUAUAUAUGAAUAUAUUUAAAAUGUACUGUGAAUGAACUGCGGCAGCAGAGGGAGAGAAAGGAGAGCGAGAGUGAGAGAGAAAGAGAAAGAAAGAGAGAGAGAAAGGGAGAAAGAGAGAGAGAGAGCUGAUAAUGUGAUGAACGAAAGAGAGAGCGAGGAUUACAUGAUGAGGGUGCACUUUAUGCUUUCGUGAGUGUGACUCUGACAAAUGAUGAUUAACAAAAAUGCGACUAAAAUUAUGCGUGCAGUUGAGCAACUUUUCCCACUUAAGAGGAAGUAGUCUGAUGCUUUGGGAGCAGAUGAUCGUGUGUUUUGUAUACAAACAAAGAGUUACGCGAGAACGUUAGUUUGUAAAGAUUAUUAAAAAAAAAGGAAAUCUAAAACAAAUAAUGAAAAAAAUUUCUAUAAUAAACGACAAAAGUAAAGACGAUGAUAAUUGACACAUACACAGACUGUAGUUUAAGGCGGAGUCCAUUAUUCAGCUCGGUCUCUUCCAAACCGUCGAAAUAUAUUGUUAAAGAAUCGCUUUCUUUUUGUAUGACGACUUAAUGUGCAUGUAUUGCCGCUUCUCGAAACGUUCGUUCAAUUCAAUUGAAAAGAUAACAAAAUACUUGAUUCCUUCGAAGCAGAUAGACAAGCGCGCGCGGGAACGAAGUACCGGCAAACAAAAGAACUUGCCUUGACUAUACCUGACACGCAGUCACUUUAUAGAUUAAAGCUAGCAUUUGUAUAGAGUGUGGGAAAUGAGGUUCAUCGAAUAACCGUGCAAAAAUGAUAUAGAACAAAAAAUGAAAACAUACGAAUGAUGCCUUGCUGUAACAGCGCGAUUUGGAAGCGAUCGUGAGCAAUUUGUAAAUACAGUCAGCGAAUGAUUUAUAAAGAACGUUUAUGAGUUUUUAAGGUGUUGGUGGAAAUGUAAAGAAAUCUAUAAAAAAAAAAGAAGCGUGAUGUAAAUGAAGAAUGUUAUGCUGUUUGUUUGUUUGAGACUCUUCUUAUUUUUUAAUUAAUGAAAACUCGGUAAAUUAAAAUAAAGCUCUUAAAGACUGCUCUUGAGAAGUCGGAGAUCUUGCCAUUGUAUCAAAAUGAAAAAAAAGCGUACGGAGCGUUGAAAAGUCUCUACCGACACACACGCAGCUCGAAAUAUCCAACCGAAAAAGUGUCACCGACAUGUAGAUUCUUCGUAGUCUUGUAAUAUAAUGGGGAGUGUUGUAUCGAUGACUCGCACGAAAGACGAAUUUGUAUAUAAUGUGUUGGAGUGAACAAAACGCGACUUUAUCAAAACGAAUCGGGGGAUUCAAUCGAGCUCUUCUCUCUCGCAAUCUCGACUUUAAGAUCCAUCGCCUCGUUGAUGCUGCUCAUGUAAUGAUGAUGAUGAUAAUGAUGAUGAUGAUGAUGAUGAUGAUGAUGAUGAUGAUGAUGAUGAUGAUGAUGAUGAUGAUGAUGAUGAUGAUGAUGAUGAUGAUGAUGUUCGUUUUACUACACGAGAGAUUGAUAAAUAAAACUUGAGACUAACUGAUGUAGAAGACACUCUCACCUUGACUCUGUCGACGAGCUGAUAUAUUUGAUGGUGGUAUGUGAACAAGAAUUAAUAAGUUUAUUAAAAAACAAUACAAUCACAUGACCGUUGCGUGUUUUUUCACUAAACUCGCCCUUCCUCGAAGUAGGCGUCUCUUUCACUUUGCAGAUGUAUUUAAUUAAUUUCGUUUGUUACUCAUUUUACGACUAAUUCAAGGUACAAAUGUAUUCCGAGUUGGUUAGGGUGCUGAGUGUUCAACUGACGACCCGUGAUCAACAAUGAUCAGAUAGAACAAAUAUUGUACAUUUAUUGAUAAACGGAAAAUGUGUGUCCAACUUUCAGCUGCGAAUUUCUUUGAGGCGGAGUGUUCUUAAUUUUUAGUAUGAAUAUACUUUUGAUGUUCUGGAAUAAAUGAUGAUAAUAAAGUUAUAUAUGCAAUGGACGCAUCUUGUUCAUUCUU